GCGCCCCCUGCCUCGCUCCCCGCCUGCCGCCCCCGAGCAUGCAGUGCUUCCCGAGCCUGGUGCUGGCCCUCAGCUCGCUGCUGGGCGCCCUGGCGCUGCUGCAGCUCUCGCUGUACCUGCGCGUGCCGUCCCGCUACGGGAAGCACGAGGAGCGGCUGUGCCGGCCGCGGGGCCGGCUGCCGGCGCGCUGCGCCUGGUUCCUGCAGGAGCUGCCCUCCUUCCUGGUGCCCGCGCUGCUGCUGGCGCUGCGCAGCCCGCCCCGCCUCGAGCCGCUGGGCUGCCGCCUCCUCUGCUGCCUCUUCUGCUGGCACUACUUCUACAGGACAUUUAUUUACCCCUUCUUCACUAGAGGCAGACCUUUCCCACUGCAAUUGCUUUUCUUUGGCACAUUAUUCUGUAUCUAUAAUGGCUUCCUUCAGGGGUACUACCUGAUUUACUGCGCUGAAUAUCCAAAUGAUUGGUGCACUGACAUCAGAUUUACAUCAGGCCUUCUCUUAUUUCUGCUUGGAAUGGGGAUCAAUAUUCACAGUGAUCUCCUGCUGCGCCAGCUGAGGAAACCAGGGGAAGUCACCUACAAGAUUCCACAAGGGGGACUGUUCACCUAUAUUUCUGGAGCCAACUACUUUGGAGAAAUUGUGGAAUGGUUUGGCUUUGCCAUAGCGACCUGGUCCCUACCAGCCUUUGCCUUUGCCUUUUUUACUCUUUGCUGCAUUGGGCCACGUGCUUAUCACCAUCACAGGUACUAUCUCAAGACAUUUACGGACUAUCCAAAAUCAAGGAAAGCCUUGAUUCCUUUUGUUUUUUAAUGAUCGGAAUAAGGACUCUGUGUUCUAUUUUUAUAGGGCUUUUUUCUAUUCUUAAAUUUAAAGUUAGAUCUGACUAUAAAUAACUGUACAAAUGGUAACAUGGGGUUAAAACAAGCAGGAAUUUGAAACUUAAGUUCUUGUUUUUAAGUACAGGGGAAAUCACAGAUAGUUGUGGGCAAAGGGACCCCCCGACAAUCUGUCCCCUUGUUGGUGGUGUUCUGCCUGUGGAAAAUGGGUAUAACUCCACUGACAUCAGAGAAAAAGCAUUGGCUAAAAACUGAUGCAGAGAAGGAGAGAGUAAGCUCGUGACUUGAAAAGAAAAAGUCUUCAGCAGCCAUUCCAAUUCGUGGUACUUCUGCAGCUGCUGCUUCUUGUCCCCACGCUGUAGUGUAGGUGCCCAGCUCAGGUGUAGCUCUGCCAGUACUUCUCUAGGUGUUGCUGGACUGUAAACUGGCAUAGAGAUCUGCUUUACGAGGAAAACAGUUCGGCCCGUGUUUUUCUUCUAAAAGCCAGGUCAGCUCCCAGAACCAUAAUGCAACAAGAGGAAUACUUGUGCCAGCACGAGGCCAGGAGCAGAGUGCCAUGGCACGGAGGCAGAACGAACAGUGGAAAGUGAGGGGGGAUGGAAGUACCUUAAGCUGGCACUCACAAGUGUGAUGUCUGUGCUACUUCCUUAAGCAAUACCCUUCUCACUGCCAGAUGAUUUAUCUUUUGCCACCAGAGAUUUUUUAAAUGCACUUCAUUAAAGCAAUCACAGCUACACAAUUUCUCUUGCACUUUUCAGAAUAAAAAUCUGACCUCUCAAGAACCCUCAAUUUUUACUCAUUAAAAGACUUGAGAUAGUGAUGUAUGACAAAAAAUAAAACAGAUAAAAAGCUUUGGGUUGAAGAAAAUGUUCUCUGACACUGGCAGUACAUUUUGUCUAAGAACCUUUUCAGAUACUCAUAUUAGGAAAUGACAGAGAGAUAUUAUUGAAUUUCCACAGAAACACAGUUUGUUUCUUCUUAAUUUCAGGAUACAGUUUGGAAUUUUCCCCAAAAUGUCAUUGAUCCCAAUAGGAACAGAGGUCCCAGAGGAUAGUUUUAGUUACUCUUUAGAGCAUAAAAUCCUGCUAAGAAUUAUGCUGAGUAGCUGGAAAGAGAAAGACCAGACCACACAUACUAAACAUAUGACAUGCUGCUGAAGUAACCUGAUUGACUGUAUGCAAUCUUCUCCAAAGCACAAUAAAGUUUAUGUAAAACACUGA